AAAGGAGAGAGAAAAGGAAGACUAUCUUUAGUACCCUUGUUAUAUCAAGGUUUUGAAGCUCAAGCGGCAGAAAAGAAGAUUGAGCGAGUAGAUUAGGCCGUGUAGGAGAAGGAGCGAAUGCAAUUUGUAAUGCAUGACUGAGAUGAAGCCACAACUCUGCAAACUGACUCGUGAAGGAAGACUACAAUUCAUGAAACACCUGCUGUGGUAUCUACUUCUUUCCUCUGCCUUCUCUUCAUGCUACAGUCAUGGAACCUGUCCACAAACGUGUCAGAGGGCUUAUUAUACGGAUUCAAUCACCACGUGUAGUGGAGUCCCUCUCAAAUGGACCAAGACCGAAGACACAAGAUUCGAGAAUCUUUCAAACUGCCUAAAGAGCAGUACCCCAAGCAACCUCUAUGUAACUCAGCCUCGGUCUCUCUCAUUCCUUACUGAGCCUGUCUAUCAUACAAGCUAUGCAGGGGAGAGCUUGAAUCUUAACUGCUCAGUUUCUCCAACUCCUGUGUGCUAUAAGUAUGAUGGGAGCUGUCCCACUCUGUCUUGGUUUCGAGAUGAAGUUCAAUUGAGUAGUGGUAACUCUACUCUCUCAGUCUCCACCAAUGGAUCUUAUUAUUGCAAACUUUUCGAUGGAAACUACACCAUUAGGAGUUUGCCACAGAUUGUAACCUUCAUAGAUGAUUCUAAUGUUCCUCUUACAUUUAGUAAUCUCAUCUACAACACUACAGCCUCUUCUUCCUUCUAUCAAAUAAAUGACGUGACGAGUGUCAAAAUAGACCUGCCACCAGGUGGAGGUUCAGCCUUCCUUGACUGCACUCCUUCUAAACCAACCUCUUCAACUCCAACAUGGCUUGAGUGUCAUACAUGUACUGACAUACCUGGCAACAAAUAUGUGAAGAUUGUGAGAGCUGAUAAAGACACUGAGGUUGUUGUGUGUCAAGUUAAUUCAGUCGUAAGGACCUUUAGCUUUAAAGUCACUGAUGCUACAGAUCCUGUAUUUGUUGUUACUCCUCGGUCUCAGACAGUAGCAGCUGGUAAAUCCCUCACUUUAUACUGCCUUGUUAAUGCCAGCAGUUUAAACAGUUCCAUACACUACUCUUGGUACAAGAAUGAUGAUGAUACUCCACUACAUACACCAAUUCCCCAAGUCCUCAUUAUUAAUAAUAUCAAUGAUUCAGCUCACUAUACAUGCUCUGUCACCACUGGAGGGAUUAAUAUGAGCCACACUGCAUAUGUGAACGUCAUAGGGAGACCCAUUGUUAACAUUGCAUGGAGUAUUGAAGGCUCUUCUGACCCCGGUAGCCAUUUUGUUUCUCCCGAUACCUCUAAAGAUAUUAAUAUCACUGCUCCGGCAAAUAUCACACUUUUCUGCGGAGUCAGCACUUCUUCCAAUUCCUCUCAAUCAUUUUCCAUUUUCUGGUACUUUCGUGGUCAGCUCGUGACGACAAACUCUUUGUUUCCACAGUUACUCAAUGACUCCGCCCUCUUUCUAUCGAGCAACUAUUCUCUCGAUCAUUUUCUUAGCAGCUACCAGUGUGUGGUGAAAGGAGAGUAUCACUGGAGGAGCAGUCAAGUUAGAAUAAAAUAUACAGAUAAACCCAAUCCACCUGGUCCUAUCAGUGUCUCCCAGCUCUCUGAACUCGGUAGCUUCACACAUAACGACACCUACACAAUCAGUUGGGAUCCUCCCAAUCACUUGUUAGUAGGAGACAACAGCUACCAACUUGAGUACAACCUAUUGAUGCUACAUAACUUCAAAGAUGGUUCCUGCCCUCAUUCCAGUCAGCAUGCCUUGUAUACACUAAGGACUAGCUCCACUUGUAUACUGUAUGAUACUUUUUGCGAUACUUUGAUGUUUACUGGGACGAGAAGGUUCUUUGUGUCUGCCGUAGUAAUGAGGCCGGGAGAAGAAGAGGAGGAGGAGGUGUUUAGUGAUUAUGUGUAUAGUGACUUGGACGGGAAUGUACCGGCUCAAUCAUGUGGAAUACCCAAUCAUGAUUUGGGUCACCCUACUGCAUUAGUCCUCAGCAAUAUGUCUGUAUCUAUGACAACCAAUGAAGCUGAUAAUAAAUUUGACGUGACGUUUAGCUUUGAUUCCAUUUCUGAGUCUUAUAGCAGCUACUAUGGGCCUUAUAACGCAAGCUGGUUGAUGAAUAUCUAUUACACAUAUCAAGUGAACUAUUCUUGUAUUGGAAUGAAUAUGAACAUACCUGUCACUCACAUGCAUCAUAAUGAAGCUACAAGUAACAUUUAUCAGUUUGGUUGCUUGCUUCAUUGCUCUUGGUGGGUCACCCUUUGGUAUUUCAUGGAGGAACCGAUUGAUAAGCUAACGACGGCUAAAAUGAGCUUUAGCACUCCAGCACUCCCUCCUAUAGCAGCUCCAGUACUCACUAAUGUAACCUGGAACAAUAGGAAUGGGAAUAACUUCACUGCUAAUUUUGAGCUCCAUGCAACAUGUGGUGUUAGCAAUGUUACAGUGAGACUGAACUGCAGUGGAUCAAUCAGCUAUCAAGUCAUCACUGAUGCCAUCACUGAUAUCGUUAAUAGAUCAAGCGUUAGUAUCAGCAUCAACAAUACUUACUGCUGGGAUCAAUGCCGCGUUAGUAUAUCAUACUCAAAUGAUGCAGGAAAGAGCAAAUGGAGCAAUACACUCACUCUAGCUAACUGGACCAACUUAGAUAAUUAUGGUUUUGUGCAGGAUAAUGUGAAUUUUACGAUAAUGAACUCCAGUUUUAUUCGAAUGAAUUGGGAGCUAACUGAUACUAUGGAGUGUCUUUCUUCUCGUAGGCUGUACUAUUAUGUAAAGAUACAAUGGAUUCCUGAGGAAUGCAGUCAAAAAACAUCUGAUCCAAAUUACUGGGAGUACAAAGGAAGUCUCAAUAUAUCACUGAGGGAUGAAUUUCAUAUGAUUGAUGUUGGGGAUAGUGGUCAUGAUCAUUAUUGCAUCAGGGCUUCUUUCUGUGGAGCUAACUUGCCGUGUACUGAGAGCUAUGUGUAUGAUGUGAAUGUAUUUAAUAGAGCAGGGUCUUCCUCCUCUCCAUCCCCCAGCCCUUCUCCAACUGUUGGAGUUUCCUCAAGUUCUGCUGGUAUUGAUGAUAAAAAUAAAACCUACAUCAUAAUAGGAGGAGUAGUUGGAGGAUGCAUUUUAUUAGCAGUGUUCAUUACCUGCUUCACUUGCUGUUACUGUUACUAUAGAAAGCAAAAAAGGAAAAGGGAGCAGCAGCAACAACGACUGAUAACACAAGUGCAUGAACACGAGGAACAGACUGUCAAGCUUCUCGAUGAUGAAGAAGAAUCAGUCACCAGUGAGAAGACAAUCGUACAAAGCCUUAUACCUAACAAACCUUACGAUGAAGAAAUAAUGGAGCAAUACCUUGAACAGUGUCAGACUCAGAGCCGACAAUACCUACGGGACAUAGAAGAGGGCGGAGACCACACUGAGUUAGAGCCAGGGGACAAGGAGGAACAGAGGCCUAACGAUCAACGGCCGCCUCCGCCUCUUUUUGUAGGAGCUCAGAAACAAAAGAAAUCAACAAUCACUCAUUUAGCAUCUAAUAAUGAAGAAUCAAACAUGUCGUUUGGAGGCGACAGGCUUCAUAAGUUAUCACCUUUAGCUAAUCCACCUGGAGUAACAGUAUCAGUGAUGUUACCUCCUCCUCCUUCCUCUCUCUCUCUCUUCCCUUCUUCUUUCCAGGAUGAUAAUGGAUACACUCAUCACCAAGACUUUCACACGACGAGAGAAGGCGCAGCUGCAUUAAACAAGACCACACCCACCUCUACAAAACUCGAUGACAUUGAAUUAGAUUUGUUGAUUAGCCCAGAAGAUGAGGAGCCACCCAUGACCACACCUACCACUGUAUCAAUGCUAUCUUUAAAUAAUAAUGCACCGUCAGCUAUUGGAGGCUUAAAUGUUAUGCAACAUCCUCCAAUUAACAUUCAAACUAGCGAUUACCUUCCUAGUUUCCCAUUACAAGCUCCACCUACUCAUACACGCCCACCUACUGGUCGCUCAACCGAAAACACGCCCAUACCAUCAAAUAGCUCUUCGCUAUUGUCACUAGCUACAGUUGAAGGUCAGGGGGGCGGUACCAGCAGUGGGAACGAGAGCAAGCAGAGCAAGGAUAGCUGCUUAGAGCCUCCGGGCAGUUUUGAGAGAAACAUUAGGAAAAAUGAAAUGUUGAAUCAGGGGCGUAGGCGCAUGAGGGAAGGGUCCAGGAGAACGAAAGGAGGAAGGAAAUCAAGUUCAAGGCAGUCGUUUGCUUCUCGUUCUCUCUCCAACAGAAGCAGCAGUUCUUCUGGUAUAUUAUCUUCGGGCGGUUCCACUGAUUCCGUGUUCUUAUCAAAUCCUUCAAUCAUUCGUGAUCCUCCUCGCCAUCCCUCUAAUCUAUCUCUUACUAAAACAUCAUCCGGUGGCUGUCCUCUGCCCACGGGGGCUGGUCCUUCAAGGACGAGGAGGUCCAGUGGGUUUGAGUCUGAUCCUAACACACCGAAAUCAGCUCAAAGCAUUGAAGGACAGAAUAAAGGAGGACUAGACAUGGGGACGACCUUUUUCCCUUUUCCUCCUACUACUUUAUCGAGUACUAUAAAUGGAAGUCAGAACUCUUUGACAGCUUUGCCACAGAAAGACAUGAUUGCUCUGCAGCAAUCUGUGGUUGGUGAUUAUAUAGUUGAAGCUAAUAAUGUAACAGGAAUGAACGUAAUGUCUGAUCAAACUAAAUUUCCGAUAUCAGCAAUCAAUGCAGAGUAUAUUAGUGAACCAACCUGGCCUCCUCCUCCUUUCUCUUAUCAAAAGAAUACUCGAUCUAUUUCUCCUCCUCCUCUCUCUCCUCAUCUUCUUUCUCCCCCAUCUAUUUCUCCUUUAUCUCCAUCUCCUCCAACUUCUCCAUUCUCUUUCUCUCCUCCGGUCUCACCUACUAAAUCUUUCUCCACUGGAUUAAAUCAACUAAAACCAGCAACUCUACCUUCAACUAAUGCUAGUAGAAGAUCAUCAGUGGAAGAUACAAAAAGAAGAUCCUCUGCCCAGCUUACUCCAGUUCAAGAACUCUUAAAUAUGAAGAGGAAUUCUCUUGAUUCAACUAACGCCCAUAUACCAUCACUUUCUACUACUAGUAGCUUCAUGACAUUACAGCAUCAAACUCCUAAAACUCCUACUACUACAUCAUUCUCCUCUAAUUUUUCUCCCUCUCCAUUCUCUUCUCUCUCCUUUCCUCCUUUAACUCUCACACCAUCUACUAAUUCUUCGUUACCUUGUCCAGCAACUCAAGCUAGCACUUCAUCAUCAUUAUACUCGACUGUGUCACAAUUAACGCCGUUAAAAUCAGUGGGUUCAGUAUCAAAAUCAGUGAUGAGUCAACCAGUAGGACCAUCUUUGUUCUCUACACCAUUGGGAUCACUAUCAAGCUCAAAACCAGGAGCUUCAUUUGGCUUAAAUAUGAGUCAAUUUGGAUCAAAUACAACAGGAACAGAUUAUCUACCUGCAGUCCCUCCAGUAUCUCCAACAAGAAUUAAUUUAAAGCAACCAUCAGUUGCACCUACAGCUCCUGUCAUUAAUGGAGGAAUGAGAAGACAGACUGCAGAGGAAAAUACUAGCUACUCUAGUAAUGGAAGGAAUGAUAGCAGAAAGCAAUCACUGGAUUAUGUAGCUAACAUCAGUGGUUCUAAUCCCUUUACUGUUCCUCUCUCUUCUUCUUUCUAUGCUGCUAAUGUGACUAGCACUACUGCAGCACAGUCUAACACUGUUGUUACAAGACAGACUCCUACAACUCCUUCCUAUACUGGUAUACCUUCUCUUUACUCUUUUAAGAGUUCAGAGCAAAAAUCACAUCCAACUUCAUCCAGCUAUGCAACCAAUCAUGCAUACUUAAAGGUAGCUGAUUCUACAGUAUCUCAAUCACAGCAGCUACUAGACAAUGGAGGACUACAGUCUAUUAUAAAUGAUGAGUUACCAUCAUUACCACCGGAGUUAGCUACAGUUCCAGUUACACCUACUCGUACUGAUAGUGUGACAAGUGAAGUUGAUGAUUCUUACAGUAUUCCUAGCAUGACCAGCUCAAUACAAGAACUGAUUAAUAAUAAUGAAGAGGAGGAAGGAGAUUCAAUGCCAUUUUUAAUAGAACAGUUCAUUGAUGAGUCACCAUCAGCUGCUAGAACUAAUGACUAUAUCUCUUAA